GCAACCAUGCUCAGGUUCGCUUGAAGUUUUCACACAUUCUCCUCUGAGGUUGAUCACUGACAGGACACAUUUCAGGCUGCUCAGUGAAGGAUAUACAUGUCUCCUGUUGGGUGAAGUAGAAAAGUUUGUCUUGAAGCCGGUGACUGGAUCAACAGAGGCUGAACACAGAGGAGACAUGAAAGCUGUGGUUGGAUUGUUGUUGAUGCUACUCCGAGUCUGUCAUGGUGUGGAAACCUCCUGUGAUGGCAGACCGAAUGGAACUCAGUGUUAUGGAGCUUUGGGAGGAACUGUGGUCCUCCGGCUGAUGGACAGCGCCUCAGAAAUAUUUCAAUACCAUUGGUCAAACAAAACAACACGAAUACUCUAUGGAAGAAAGAAUCAGAUUGUGUCUAAUGAGAUAGAAAACAGAUCAUCAUUUACUCCCAGUGAUGGAACAUUUAGGAUCAGUAACCUGAGCUGGAAUGAUAGCGGGGAAUAUAAACUUGCAAUCUUUGAUUCAAAUGGAUGGAUAUCAGAGCUACGGACUCUACAUUUGACCAUUCAAGCUCCUGUGUCCUCUGUCCUGCUGGUCUCUGAGUGUCUGUCCCAGGGAGAGAUGAGGGUGUCCUGCUCCUCUGAGGGAGGGGACAGUCCUCAGUACAGCUGGACUCUGGAUGGACACACACUGACAGACGCUGAGCUCCUCUCUGGAAACACUGAGACCACCAACAUCACUCUGAAACAACACGUCUCAGGACAACUGGUCUGCUCAGUCAGGAAUAAUGUCAACAGUGUCUCAAAAGAAAUGAAGAUUACUAACUGUGGCUUCAUAUUCAUUAACUGCACCUUACCCAAUGCGACACACAUAUCACAGUGGGUGUUUGCAGCCAAUAACACCCUGUGUAUUGAGCCAACAACAACUCCUACCACAACCGCAGCAACAUCCACUGUGGGUAAGGAGACUGUCAGCAUACUUCACACCACCACUAAUAUCACAUCCUCCAAUCAAACUGUGACUCCCCCCAGCAAUGAUGGCCCAUGGUAUAGCAACUUGCCGGUAAUGGCCGGGGUACUCUCUGCACUGGUGCUGCUGUUACUGAUCGGCGUGGCUGUCAUCUGUUCUCAGAGGAAAAAGAAAAACAGCAAACCUAAAGAAGAAGACGACCAGGAGUUGACGUAUGCUAAUGUCAGGAUCGUGCAGCGGCAGGGGAUGCAGAUGCAGCAAAGGCAGGAGACACAGGUGGAGUACGGCGAGGUCAAGUUCUCAGAGCGACCUCGGCAGCCUGUAGAGCCAGCGGGAGAUGACUGUGUGUACGCCAAGGUCCGUAAAGCCAGGUGAUUCAGGGUGUUCAGGGUUUUCACAAAGACUUCACCGCACCACUGAAGAUGGAGGAAGUGUUUGUCCAGAGGCCAAAUACUGUAGUUGUUCAUCUUAAUUUAACGUGAUGUUUAAUAGCAAAAAUGUAAAUAGAUAUUAUUAUUCACCAGUUUAUGUGUACUUCUGUGUUGACUGUGCAUCAAAGUAUCAUCUCCAUCAUUUGCAUCACAAUGUGGCCAUUUUUUAAUAGACUAGUUUUUGUGGACUAUUUAAUAUGUUCAAGAAAAACAAGACUUUCAAUAUUUUUUAAAUGUGUGCCACAGUUUUUAUUCUACUAUCUUUAUAUUUAGAUUAUGUUGUACUUCUUUUUUUAUUGGCUUGGUUUUUAUUUAUGAGCAUAUCUACUUUUAUUUGAUUGUUAAAAUGCUGCAAACUCGCAAUAAUAUUAGUAUGAAUUUUAAGAAUAACAGUAUGUUUGGUUUUUAUCACUCUAUGGUGAUUGGCAGGUGUCAUCAGUACGUUUAUGUUGGUCUGUGUUUCAAAGGCAUCAAAAUUGGCUUUAUUUCAGACUUAUAAGCAUUUACUUAGAUGACAAUGUAUUUAUUAAAUAGACAUGGGUGGGUUAAUUGAGGGUUGGAGUAUAUCAAAUAAGUAUGCUCCUAUGUUAGUGUACAUUUAUUAAAGGUUUGGUGCGGUGUGUGGGAGUUAUUUCAGAUUUGAUCAUGCUACCUUCCAUUGGCUGCUUUGCCAUAAGAUAAGCUUGUAGAGAAAUAUCUUGCCUCUCAGGAAGCUCACAGUAACCACGUAUUUGUUUCCAUGAUGUAAACACUUCUGCUUUUUUCUCAGUCUUGCAAAACUGUCUUAUCAGUUACAGGGGGUGUUUUUUAUUAUUACCUCAUUAUAUGUGUGACAGUUUCAACAGUUCAGUUCCCCCUUAAUGCAGUCAUACAUAAGGAUGGGCUGUGCAGUGUUAAUCAUCUUUACUCUGAUAUAAAAAAAAAAUAGCAAGGGAACUUGUCUUUUUCAGUAGAUGCAGAGACAGAUAACACACAGUCUAAUUAUAUUAUAUCUUAGACGAAGCCUGCAAGAGAACAUGCUGUUGCUCAGGGUUUCGAUUUAGCAGCAAAAGAGCUGAAUCAAAAGGGAGAACUGGGAGGGACACAUUUUAAGGAACUUACCAACUUUGCACACUCUGAGCAGUCAGUGUGUAUAUCUUUUAACAUCAGAUUUUUUUCUCAUUUUAGAUGAUUUGCUGAUAUUAAUCAUUCAGAGUUUGUGUAAUUCUGAGCUGCAGCUUUCAAGUCUGGAAGUGGAACUAUUCUGCAUUGUGGAUAUUUAUGCUAACUGUUUUUGGGUCAAUAGAAAGUCAGCUGAAUAACAAGUAGAUCAAUAUGUAAUUUAUAGCGUUUUUCGUGCCUUAGGCAGGUAAGUUAGUCAGACUUAAACAGACAAUAAUACACAAGAAAAUUUAAUCUUUUAUGUAAUGACAUUGACCCUUGGAAAUGCUGUUUUCGACAAUUAUUACUGUGAGACCACAUCAUACAGUACUCGUUGAAUUAUUCUAGUAACAAAUCUAAAUACCCCCCAGACUCUUGGCUUUCCUGCCUCCUCCAUAAUUGGUGCUUGUAAUUUGCAGCUUUUAGCUCAUAACUUGUAACUUCAGUGUCACAUUCACAGAUAGGGACUUUCUGCGUCCUUCUCUCAGACUUGGUGAAACAUCCUAUUGAAAAUAUCAUAUGUGCAAAUUGCAUCUGUGUGCACAAAACCUUUUCACACAAUCACACAAUAUAUCCACAGCUGCUAAACUAAACUACUUGUGAACAUCAUUUCACAAGCUCGAAAUAUGAAUGACGCUUAUUUGCUUUCAUAGUUGUGCUCAACUGCAGAGGACGUAGCAAUAUACAGCACGGGCAGAAACAAAUAGUUCAACACUUGAAGGCACUGGCAAGUGGAAUGAAGUCUUGCAUUAAGUUACCGCUUGUUGAAGCCCUAAUUUUUCUAGGUUGAAUUCUUGACUCUUAGAGACAGAAGAAUGUACAAACAAAGCAAAUAAUAGUAAAUAUUUUGGAGAAAUAACGUUUCAUAUCGAGUGCUCCUCAAUGGUUUUCUGUAGGCUGCCAUGGAAGUUAGCAUUGCACUGGUUCCCUUGUCAAAAAGCCUGUUGGAUGUUGGAUAGGCCUAAUGUUGGAUUAUUGCUGAAAAUAACCUCUGCGGAAAACAAAUAUUUACUACCAUGUUUUGUUCAGCAAGAUAAUCUCCACAAAUGACCAUUUUCAAGAUUACUGAAACCUAAAUGUAAUCGCCAGGGGUAAAAAGCUAAUGUUAGGCUAUCAACAAGCUAUGCUAUGGUAGCAUGACUAAACGUCACCACCCUAGCAACACUGUAAAGCCGUGUUCGACGUGGCUUAGUGUGAUGAUGACCUGUAGUCUCAUUUAGCCACAUGUUGGCAACCGCCUUUGUUAAAAUAUGUCAAAGCUUCAAAGUUCACAAGCGGGGUAUUCACUGACGUACUUUAACUUCAGGCACCUAACCAAAAACCCACUCAAGAAACCCACUGACUUUGAGACGAGGGAACCACGAGUGGUAAAAUACUAACUCAUUUCCGGGUUUUAAGACUCAUUACUGGUGGACUCAGUUGUCAAAGCUGUAAUCACAUGCUGUUGCAUGUGCCAACAGCCUUUUGAUAUGGGCGUGGACUAAGUUAGAAAGUAUACAGCCAAACCUUUGACUGUCAGGCAGAGCACCCUCCUUUUCUCACCUCAGUAUCACCAUCUAAAAAUGGUUUGUAACUUCAGCUUUAACCAAAAUAACUUCUUUACAAAGCAGCCAUUAUCAAUUUGUUUUUCCGAUGGUAAUUUUAGUGAGAUUUAAUUUUUUAUAGGUCAUAUGAAUCCAUGUGCUUUUAAUUCUUUAUUUGCUUUGGAUUUAAUUAAAGACAGAGGUUACAUGUUUCGCGUGGUUUGAUAGCUUGAGGUUAAAGGUUGAUAACCAUGGACUACCAUUCAGCUGAUUCACAGAGCCAUAAAAUUGCUGUUUAUGGUUCAUAAGAGUUGUAGUGUCCUUAAACAACUGCCUGAGAGCUUUUUAUUUAGUUGAACCCACACAGUCGAACUUCUGACCGACAUAAUCUACUGAGCAAAUAAUUGACAACAAGAAUGAAGUGCGAUAAAACUGCUCCAAAAAUCCAGAAUCCUUUUGCCAUCUUGUCAGCCAGCCCUACUUUGUUCAGUAUGAUGAUUAAAUGGGAACCAAAACUGUUUAGUAUUAUGCAGCUUUUAGCCUUUUUAAUAUGUGAACAACACUGAGGUUAGAGUGCUGCACCUUAUCUCUUGAUAGGUUUGAUCGAAUCAUAACUACAGAUUUUUUUUUCCUCAUAAAAACCACAUGAUUUUAUCAGUGUUGUUACACAUUCAUGUGAUGUUAUCACAUCAGGUUGAAUUUAGUUAGCUAUAAAACCAAGACUGGUGACGAUUCUUCAACUCUGAGCACGCCAGUUUUACAUUAAAGAUAUCCAUCAGAAGAUUUAGGAUUUGAUUUUUAAAGAAUUUGUCAGCUAUAUGACAAAAAAGUCAAUAGUUUGAUUCGAAAUUGUUGAAGCGUUGAAGUGUAAUUUGGUAUUUAUGCAGUACAGAUGUUUUCUGUGGGACAGUGUGAAUGUUCAGAAAUGCAGUGUUAUAAAAAAAGUAUAAAAAAGAUAUAAAGAUUUCUGUGAGGAGAUCAUCCCGCAGUCUGGCCUUUUUUUUUUUUUAAUUUGUAUUUCAAUAUACAAUUAUGGCACAAAACAAGAAGCUUCUCAGGUUGUAAUUUCAUUAAACUCAAAUAUUAAUUAAAUCAUUUUGUGGGCAGGUAAAGCUCUAUACCACUGCUGCACUUUCUCAUUGGUGGCAUGAACUUAUCAAGAAGCUUUUCUCUGCAGAAAUGUUUAAGAUGAUUGUGGUGCAGUGAAAGCAGAUACACUCACAGCUGGUCACUGUGGGUAUAUCACAGUGCUAAUGAACAGAAAAUGCAAACCAGAUCGAUAAACCUGUGGACUGAGAAUGCUUUUUAUAUAAUGUGCAGGAAAAGCAACAUAAACUUCAGCGUAAACUUAUAAAAAAUGCAAACACGCUGUCAAGAUUGUGUUGAAAGAGAGAUUAUGGGAACAGCACACACUGAUAUACGCAUGAGUUGCACAAAGUUGGUGGUACAGCGGUUUACUUUGAAAAGACAGCUUUAGCAAUCCUCGGUUGACUGUGGUCAGUACUAAAUUUACAUUGCUACAUUUGCAGCUUUUCCUUCCUCUUCUUUUAAAGUGACACGUAAACAGGAACAAUCUGAAAGUGUGAACAUUUCUAACAUGCACAGGGUUGUACUGUAGAUACUUUAAUGUUUUAGAUAUGCAUACUGUAAGUCCCAAAAGACUUAAAAAACGAACUUUUUUCACUUGAAAUACUCAGACAAAGCUAAAUGUUUGCAUUUAGUGGUUCAUGUUUUUAGACCAUGAUUCAUGUGGCAGCAGUUUUUCAGGAAGUGGCUAAACACUUAUGUCUGAGCGUGUUAUUCCAGUUCCUUGCUGUUAUCGCAAUGUUUUUGCUAGAAAAAAAAACAACACAUUUUAGUUUUUUCAUGUCAUGUUUGCACCUUCAACAGAAAAUGCGAAGUGAUGACAGUUGUUUUUUUUUUUUAAAUCAAAAUGUCAUUGCUUUCACUCCUGUUUUUAAAAAAAUAUUUCUGUGCGUUCACCACUUCCAUUACGCCAUACACAGCUGCCUUCCUCUCCCCAACUGAAACCCAUUAGUUUAUACUUUUCAAUGGUCUAUUCCCAUGAUAUAUCCUGCAGCUACAUUUCAAAAGAAAGAACAUUAAAUGCUUGUUUAACUUUGGCAUUAUCUCUUAAAAGUGUUUUUUUUUUACUCUUCUUUCCUUUGUAAGUAACAAACAUAAUGCUCUCUGCUCUUUCUCUGGUUCCUGUAAGCCAAAUGCAAAUAAAGAGAUGAGUUAGUAUCAUUUUA